AUGCGUGUUGUGUUGUCAAUUUCCAAGCAUUAUUUAAUUUUAUCAACGUUAAAUAAAUACUUCCUAGCAAGAAACAAAAGGAUGGCUUCGGUCUUUGCAAACAACUAUCUUGAGGUGAUAGGGUUCCUUAUACGUGCAUUGAUUCCAACCCUUGUUCCCUCACUCCCAUACAAUGUUUCAUUCGUGGAAGUCACCACCCCAUUGUCAUCAUUCAAAUCGUUACAAGAAGCAUUCUAUUACUUCAGACAUAACAUCAACCUAUACGAUGGUGGUGUCAACCAUCACACACCGAUAUUGGUAGUUCUUCUUAACUUUUUAAAUGAAUUACCGUAUUCAUACAUUUUAUUUAACUUCUUGUACGCUUCCAUUGAUCUUUGGAUCGUUAAACGUUUAAGUCAAUUGAAUAAAUGGUAUUCCACUAGAGAUCUGAAACAGCCCAAUAAGAACCCAACUGCUGCUUUCCCAGAUUAUCUCUUUGCAUGCUUUUACCUUUUCAAUCCUCUUGUGAUUAUUACCAAUUGGUCACAUUCAACUUUGAUAUUUUCCAAUUUUUUCUUGGUAGAAGCCAUUUAUCAAGUUUCUAUUGCUAAUAGUCAAACUAGAGCAAUGAUUGCCUUGGCCAUUGCAAGUUAUUUAAGUUAUACUCCGGUAUUUAUGGUCAUACCGAUUUUAACCCUUGGUUACUCCAUUUUGAAAGAACAACAACAAAAACUGGACACUUCCACCACUCCUCCAUUUGCUAGAAUCAUCCAAUCCCUUGGAAUUUUCAUUGUUUCCAUUGGUCUUUUAUUCUUAUUAUCAUUUACCAUGACCUCUUCUUGGCAAUUUAUUGAUUCAUGUUUCCUUUCAAUAAUCACAUUCAAGAAAAUUUCCCCCAAUGUGGGUCUUUGGUGGUAUUUCUUUACUGAAAUGUUUGUAUUCUUCAAUCCAUUCUUUGUUGGAGUUUUCAACUUAUUUUCAGUUAUAUUCAUUAUCCCACUCACAAUAAGAUUCUCAGGAAAUUCAAUGAUUUCUGAUCCAUUCCUUUCAGUGGUUCUUUGUUACCUUUGGCUUAUCUUUACCAAGUCAUACCCAACAGUGGGUGAUUUAGGAUUCCUUCUUGCAUUUAUCCCUAUUUUCCGUUCUAGUUUCCUCCCAUACUGUAAGUUUGGGGGUAUUACUUCUUUAGUAUUAUUGGGAACUCUUACCCUUUCUCCAAUUUUUUACUAUUGUUGGAUUGUUUUAGGUAAUGGGAACUCCAAUUUCUUCUACAGUCUUAAUUUAGUCUGGGGAGGUGUCCAUGGUAUGAUUCUUAUUGAUUUGAUUUGGGGGAAGUUAACUUAUGAUUAUAUGAAUGAAAAUGAAGUUCCAAAGGAAGUUCAAAAAAAAUUGAGAUUAACUCAAAUUUAG